CUUCAGGCUCUUUCGAUUUGAUCUUACAAAUACAUUCGCCGCAAUCAGUCAUAACUGUGUUAGUCCUCGUCGUCUGUUUCCCGUCAACCCGGGUCCAAGAGACUAUACCUAGACUUGGAGACAUUGCCAGAUUAUCUUUUUCUUCACCCUUUUGUAUCUGCAUCUACGAUGGGCUCAAUUCCAGCCCCGCCCAGAUAUGGUCAUCGAUUGCUUCCGGUUGUGAUAGACGAUGCUGCACGACACGAACCCGACCGUGUGCUCUUCUAUACUCCCCGUAACAACCAGCCCUCCCAAGGAUAUGAGGUAGUGACGGCAAGGACGUUUGCUAAUUCCAUCAACCGGUUAUGCUGGUGGCUCGAGUCACAAUUAGGCUCCAACAUAGAGUCCAAAACAAUAGGCUACAUCGGACAAAAUGACUUGAGAUACUUCUUGAUGAUGAUAGCGGCCACCAAGACUGGGCAUAGAUCUGGUUGCGAGUUCUGGGUCACAUCAUCGGGCAUCGACAACCUCGAAUUCAUAAAAGACCUUCAGGUACCUCGUGCUGAAGCGCCCGAACUGUCCCAUCUCUUAAAUCCCAUUGCGGUCAAGGCCUAUUCGUACGAGAAACAGUGGGAUAAAGGCCGGUCGGAUGUUCUCGCGCUACUACACACGUCGGGCUCCACGGGUCUGCCAAAACUUGUGCCGCUGUAUCUUGCCACCGCGGCGACCGUUGAUGCGUUUCACUUGAUGGAACCGACCAACGGUAAAAUGCCAACUGGAGUAGACUGGGCCGGCACAAGCAUGCUGUGUGCAAUGCCUCUUUUCCACGUUGCCGGUAUUUGUCUCGGACUUUUCUCUGCCGUCUUCUUCAGAUGGAGCGUCAUCUUGCCGUCCACCGGACCCAUUAUGCAACAUGCCAUUGAAGACGCUCUCGAUAACAUCGCACUUGACUCGGCCUUCAUCUCUCCCAGUGUCCUCCAGGACAUUUCCAAGUCGCCUCGCGUGCUUGAGAAACUAUCGAAACUGAAAUUCGUCACUUCAGCUGGCGGUCCGGUGGCUCAGUCUGUGGGCGAAGUGAUACACCCUCGUGUACCAAUCUGGCAGACCAUGGGCAUGACCGAGGGGCAAUGGCUUGCAUCCGUCGUAACACAUCCAGAUGAGUGGGCGUACUUCUACUUCCACCCAAGGACAGGAUUCGAGAUGCGCCCUUACUCAGAUGAUCUCUUUGAGCUAGUGUUUGUCAAGAAAGACGAACUGGCUCCGACCCAACCAGUGUUUGUCACAUUCCCGGAUCUCGAUAUCUGGGAAACGAAGGAUUUGUACUCUCGCCACCCUACAGCCGUGGACCUCUGGAAAUACGAGAUGCGUAGAGAUGAUCUCAUCAUCUUGUCUAAUGGGGAAAAGUUCAAUCCACUCGCCGCCGAAGGGAGGCUGAUCAGCCAUCCUUGGAUCUCUACUGCUUUCAUCACGGGCCGCGGCCGCUUCCAAGCUGCCACGCUGCUCUAUCCGGAUGAGAAGUACAUCAACGAGUCCGACUCCAGCAUCACUGAAAAUGUGUGGCCAACCAUCGAGGAUGUGAACAAGUCUCUUCCUGCCUUUGCCCAGAUUCACCGCGACUUUGUCAAAGUCGUUCGAACUCCGUUCCCUCGCACACCAAAAGGGACUUUCGCCCGAAACGAAACAGAAAAGCUCUUUGCAAAGGAAAUCGAGGACAUUUAUGAACAAUCUAUCGAAGCUACAUCUUCUCUUCAUGUCAAAGGGACCAGCCAAGAAGCCAUUCGGGCCGCUGUCAGAGAGGCGAUUCGUACCGUGUCGGGGAUUGGAGAACUCAACGACGAUGAUGACGUUUUCACCAGGGGUUUCGACUCGCUUCAUGUCACCCGGCUUGCAAGGCUACUAAAAUCUACAUUCCAUAAGCUUAUGCAGGUCGAAGUCGGUACGAUUUACACAAACCCUUCCAUCACAAAGUUGGCCAGUGUGCUAUGGACCCAGCUUCAUCAGGGGCCCCAAGAAAAGGCACUCAAUGCCAGCGUCACAUCUCAAAUGCUCGCCAAACACUCGCAGUCUUUCCAGCUCGCCCGGAGAACGAAGGAGUACGUGGUGAUCACCGGCACAACUGGGACCAUCGGCCCGUAUCUUCUCGAUACCCUUUGCAGGAAUGACCAAGUUGCUAAGGUCUGGUGCCUCAACCGUAGUGAAAACGCACCCCAGCGACAGGCGAAAUUGGCCCAGGCCAAGGGUCUGUCGUCAGAUUGGAAUGGAAAAGCCCAGUUCAUCCAGUAUGAUCUUUCAUCCGAGACACUUGGAUUGAGCCGAGCGGAUCUUCAAGAGAUAGAAGAUCAAGCAACCGUUAUUAUUCACAACGCUUGGGAGGUGAAUUUUAACCUACCUCUGUCAUCAUUCGAACUACAAUUCAUCGGCCUCAGAGGCCUUGUCGAUAUAUGCCAAAAUACUGUGCACAAGGUCCGAUUCUACUUCAUAUCAUCCAUCAGCGCUGCCAUGAACUGGCCGUCUGAGCUGUUGGGCCCUGUACCAGAAGCCUAUAUACCCAACUUUGAUGCUCCCAUAAACGGCUAUGGUGCAUCCAAGCUGGUAGCUGAGCAUUUACUCGGGAGAGCCGCGCGAUCAGGUGUCCUGAACCUGUCUGUUUUACGAGUCGGUCAAGUCGCAGGCCCCGUUAAGACCCAUGGGGAAGAUGGCGUAUGGACCCGAAGGGAUUGGGUGCCGGCAAUCAUUGAUGCAUCGGUUCAUCUUCGCUUGUUACCGUCUGAUCUAGGCUCUGCCACCACCCUUGAUUGGAUUCCAGUUGAUCUCCUCGCCGAGAUUAUCGGACAACUCGUCAGCUUCGACUUGCCGACGGGCGUCCAGGAAACGUAUUACAAUCUCCUCAACCCUAAGACAAGCAGCUGGGGUGAUGUGCUCCCGAACAUAAAAUCUCGCCUGGAGACGGCUCUAUCGGCAGAAGUACGAAUUGUGCCACUCCAGCAGUGGAUCAACUCCUUACGAGAUGCCGAAUCAUCCAUCGUCCGUGAUGUCGGCAACGGGACUCACGGAACUGCGAGCAGGUCUCAGACCGGGCUCAAGCUAUUGUCUUUCUUCCAAAUGCUCGCGGGGGAAGAAAACCAAGACGUUUCGUCAGAAACAAGCUCCCAGAUUAGCUCUAGAUCCGGGGAUCUCAACUGGGCCAUGGACAACAGCUUGUCGCAGAGCUCCAUCUUUGCUGACUUGAAACCUGUCUCCGCAGCUUGGUUUAAUACUUGGUUAGAGCAAUGGGGAUACUGAUCUUAAAUUCUCAUUUGAGGUUACAAAACAUCGGGAUGAAGGGUACAAGACAUAGUGGAUGAACAAAUUCAUCAUCCCAUUUGAGAGGUUAUCCCUGAGGGAGCCCAGGCCUCACAUAAUAUUGCUGUAGUGAUUGCUUGGAUUUCUGGAGACUUGACUGUUGUGAAGUGACAGCUGAAAACAUCAAGUUUGACAGAGGGGAGCCAUCCACAGGCCAUUUCCACGAGAGUAAAAAACUCGAAAAUG